CCCACCGAGCGCCGCCGCGCCGCCCGCCCGGCAGCCCAUGCCCGCAGCAGCCGAGCUGGAGGAGCGCUUCGGCCGCGUCCUGAAGUCCAUGAACCUGCCCCCGGACAAGAUGAAGCUGCUCAACCAGUAUGACAAUGAGAAGAAGUGGGAGCUCAUCUGUGACCAGGAGCGUUUCCAGGUGAAGAACCCACCGUCUGCUUACAUCCAGAAACUGAAGAGCUACUUGGACACGGGUGGCGUAAGCAGGAAGUUCAAGAGGCGAGUGCAGGAGUCAACACAGGUGCUCCGAGAGCUGGAGAUUUCCUUGAGGACCAACUACAUUGGCUGGGUCCAAGAGUUCCUCAACGAGGAGAACAAGGGGCUGGACGUGCUGCUGGAGUAUCUCGCCUUCGCCCAGUGCUCUGUUGCGUAUGACAUGGAGAGCUCCGAGAACGGCAGCCCAGGCUCUGACAAGGGCAAGGUCCUGGAGCAGUCACUGGAGGACCUGAACAAAAGCAACUCCUCGCCCCCCACUCAGGGCUCCUCCAAAGCGCGGCACCUCACUGUAAGGCUGAACCCCUCGCACAGCAGGAAGACGCUGAGGAACUCCCGCCUGGUCAGCCAGAAGGACGAUGUCCAUGUCUGCAUUAUGUGUCUCCGCGCCAUCAUGAACUACCAGUCUGGCUUCAGCCUGGUGAUGAACCACCCAGCCUGUGUCAACGAGAUCACCCUGAGCCUCAACAACAAGAAUGCCAGGACCAAAGCGCUGGUGCUGGAGCUGCUGGCUGCUGUCUGCCUGGUCCGAGGUGGCCACGACAUCAUCCUGGCUGCCUUUGACAACUUCAAGGAGGUCUGCGGGGAGAAGAACCGCUUUGAGAAGCUGAUGGAGUAUUUCCGGAACGAGGACACCAACAUUGACUUCAUGGUGGCCUGCAUGCAGUUCAUCAACAUUGUGGUCCACUCGGUGGAGAACAUGAACUUCCGUGUUUUCCUGCAGUACGAGUUCACCCAUCUGGGGCUGGACCAGUACUUGGAGAGCCUCCGUCUCACGGAGAGCGAAAAGCUGCAGGUGCAGAUCCAAGCUUACCUGGACAAUGUCUUUGAUGUGGGAGCCAUGCUGGAGGACUCGGAGACCAAGACAUCUGUGCUGGAGCACAUGGAAGAGCUGCAGGAGCACGUCAACCAGUUGACGGAGAAGCUGCAGGAUGCAGAGAACGACUCCAUGGCCAAGAUAGCGGAGCUGGAGAAGCAGCUGAGCCAGGCGCGGCAGGAGCUGGAGGCGCUGCGGGAGCAGCUGAGCCCACCGCAGCCAUCCAGCCCGCCAGCCCCACAGCCCCAGGAGUGCUACCGGCUGGCGCUGGAGAGGCGUCUGGUGGAGCUGGAGGAGAAGGGCUUAGUGCAGAUCCUGCGUGGGCCUGACGGAGACGUCGCCAUCCAAAUUGUCCCCGUUGUCAUAGAAACAACAGCAGCCCCCGUGGUUACCCAAGAGGCCACCACCGGCACAGAUGCUCCAGCUCUGGAUCCAGCCCCAGCUCCAGCCCCAUCUCCCCCUCCAGCACCUGCACCCAAGUGCCACCCCCACCGCCACCACUCCCGGGGGCCCUGGAGAGGGAUGUCCCCCCCCCUCCACCACUGCUACCCCUCGGGGGGGGGGCCCUCCCAGCGGGGCUGGGUGCCCCCAGUGCUGGCUCUGGUUCAGCACCGUGCAGUGAAGGUGAAGAAGCCAAUCCAGACCAAGUUCCGCAUGCCCGUCUUCAACUGGGUGGCGCUGAAGCCAAGCCAGAUCGAUGGCACUGUCUUCAAUGAGCUCAACGAUGAGAAGGUGCUGCAGGAGCUGGACAUGAGUGACUUUGAAGAGCAGUUCAAGACCAAGGCGCAGGGCCCUGGCUUGGACAUCAGUGCCCUCAAGGUGAAGGCCACACAGAAGGCUCCCAACAAGGUCACUCUCAUGGAGUCCAACCGAGCCAAGAACCUGGCCAUCACCCUCCGCAAGGGUGGCUGCAGCAUCCAGGACAUCUGCACAGCUAUUGAGACGUAUGACCAGCAAGCCCUGAGCCUCGACUUCCUGGAGCUGCUGCUGCGCUUCCUGCCCACUGAGCAUGAACGGACGCUCAUUGGGAAGUUCGAGCAGGAGCAGCAGCCACCAGAAGAGCUCUCAGACGAGGACCAGUUCAUGAUCCGCUUCAGCAAGAUCCCUCGCCUGGCCGAGCGCAUGAACAUCAUGAUCUUCCUGGGCAACUUCAGUGACACGGCCCAGCUGCUCAUGCCUCAACUCAACGCCAUCAUUGCUGCAUCCAUGUCCCUCAAGUCCUCCAGCAAACUACGCAACAUCCUUGAGAUUGUCCUGGCCUUCGGGAACUACAUGAACAGCAGCAAGCGUGGGGCAGCCUAUGGCUUCCGACUGCAGAGCCUUGAUGCGCUCCUGGAGAUGAAGUCGACUGACCGCAAGCAGACGCUGCUGCAUUACCUUGUGCGGGUGAUCACAGAGAAGUACCCUGGGCUGACCGGCUUCCACACUGAGCUGCACUUCCUCGACAAGGCAGGCACAGUGUCCCUGGACAGUGUGCUGCAGGAUGUGCGGGGCCUGCAGCAGGGCAUGGAGCUCACCCGCAAGGAGUUCAUGAGGCAGGAUGACAGCCCCGUGCUCAAGGACUUCCUCAAGGUCAACUCGGAGGUGAUGGAGAAACUGCAGGCUGACAGCAAAACUGCCAAGGAGGCAUAUGAGUCAGCUGUGGAGUAUUUUGGGGAGAACCCCAAGACCAGUCCCCCCACCACCUUCUUCCCCAUGUUCAUGCGAUUCAUCAAAGCCUACAAGAAAGCAGAGCAGGACAUUGAGAUGUGGAAGAAACAAGAGGCCGCAGCCAAAGAGGCAGAAUCCGUCUCCCCUGGCAGCGAUAACCAGCCUGAGCUGCCCAUCCAGAAAGCCAAGCGGCAGCAGAUGGACAUGAUCGCCGAGCUAAAGAAGAAGCAGAUGGUGAAGGAGCCACUUAUUUAUGAGGGAAAAGAUGGGGCCAUUGAGGAUAUUAUUUCAGAUCUGAGGAACAACCCGUACCGGCGCGCAGACAAGGCCCGCGGCAGCUCCAAGAGACGGGCUGCGGGGCAGAGCCUGCAGGCGACCCCGGACAUCCCCCUGUGAGCGGUGCCGGCGCCGCAGCGGCCAGGACCAGGGGACGACCAUGGGACACCGCAGGGCACUGGGACAGGUCCCGCUCCCGGCUGCUCCGGCUUCACCGCUCCCACCGCAUGCCCCUGGGUCUGGCGCACGGAUCCCCGGCGCUUGCUUAGUGAUACCUCUGAGCUCCUCUCCUCCAGGCAGGCAGGGCUGGGGACCCUCCUGGCCAUGGGCAUGGAGAGGGGAGCACAGAAAGGAGGCCCAAAUUGUUCUAGAAGGAAAAGGGGCUGCCAAUCCCUACCACAGAGCUGCUCCGCUGCACACCUGUCUCAGGCUCAGCACUGCACUGGUGUGCUCUGCUCUUCAGCUUGCUGGUGCCUUUGAUUUCCUGCCGCAAGAGGGGACAAGGGUUGGGAGCCAGGGAUGCAGCAAUCCCUGCACAUCUCCAUCUCCCCCGGCCUUGCAGAGCCCUUUGAGACCCAAGCUCUCCUCCGCUGCAGAGCCGAGGAGCUCCAAUCCAGUGAGGAGCCUGCUGCAAAGAUCCCACCCUGGGCACAUCCUGUGCCCCAGAGGCUGGUAGGGGUGCUAUUUUACAGUGAUUUUAUAUGUCUUCCUUUAAAUUUCUCUGUGCUGUGGAGCAGAGGCUGGAAUACCCACGUACAAGGUCUCACUGGGAUCUGAAGGCUGUGGUGAGCAGCACGGGGCUGUUCCUCACCACAGAGCAGGCUCUGUAGCUACAAUAAUCAGCAGCAGAGGCAAGGAUUUACUGUCCUCAAGUCUCUGUGAGGUGGCUCCAGCUCUGCCCCCUGUCACCCGGCUCUGCUGUCCGGGCUGGAGCAUCUUGAGACAACAGUGACCACGGUCCGCAGCAGGCAGUGGGCAGCCUCCAGCCCUUGAGCAACCACCAUGACCCUAAACCACUGCAAGGUCACUGCUGCAAUGGUGCAGGAGCUGCAUGAGCCUCCCAUACUGCACUGGACUCAGUUCCUCCCCUGCCCUGCUGCUGCUGCUGAGUAACUCCAGACAACGCACUUCACAAUUAACCUUUAAUGCAUUUACUUUGUUAAAUGGCCUUGCUUGCCCCAGCUCUUAGACCAGGGUACAGCCAUGCUGCAGAGCUCGAGCAGUGGCUGUUUCCUGCUGUAAGUAAGAUGCUAAGCGCCGGCUCGGUACCACCCGCAAGCUCAAAGGGAAGGGAAAUGAAUAUGUAACUUAUAAACGACUUUAAGCCAGGAAUGUAAAACAUUAACUGCUCAUUUGUAUACAUUAUUUUUAUAUACUGAAGGUCCAUUUAAUCUAAAGCAGAACUGGUAAUAAAAUGACUCUGAGGAUAAAGCA